UGCGGGUGUCCCACACGGCCACGCUCGCACCUCUCGGGGACACGGCAGCAUGAAGGCGGCGGCCGCCCUGCUCCUGGUGGGGAUGCUCAUCCUCUGGGCAGAGCUGCCAACAGGCAGCGCCUGGUCCUGCCCCCCGGUCCGCUUCACCUGCGCCCUGCACAACCCGCCCAACCAGUGCUUCGUGGACCGGCACUGCCCCCGCGGCAAGAGGUGCUGCCGCACCUUCUGCGGGAGGAAAUGCAUCUCCAAGCCGCCUGCCAUCCCCGUCACCUACGUGUGAGCUCCGGCUUCCAGGACAGACUGAGGGUCACCUCAGCAUUGCCACCCCAGCUCAGCUCCAGGAUCACCCUGUGACAGCUGCUGCACUGUGCUCUGUGCCACCCCUUCCCCUCUCCCUGUGCUCCCACCGCUCUUUCAACAAAUAAAAGCGGC